UCCUCCAAGCCCAGACCCACUUUCCCACAUUCUGUCUCCUGCUUCCGCUUUCCGGGAAAAUAUCAUGAGAAAAUUCUCAUUAUUAUUAUUAUUGUUAUUAUUAUUAUUAUCACCACUGUCAGCUUUUUUCUCUGUAAAAUAAAAAAGCAAGCACUAAGACAGUCCCAGUUCGAUCUUUACACUCACAAUAAAAAAGCUUAGAUUUUUAUUUUUUUAAUGCAAUGCACAAUGGUAUCUCUACGUUUCGAGGCUCUCUGAGACCUCAUUAUUGAAAUGAACUUUCUUUACAUACCAUUUGGAAUCUCCUUACAGCUGUCUAUAUACAAAUGAGCUGUGUAUAAUCAAAGAUAUGUAUAUAUAUUAGGGUUUUGGAAGCCCUAGCUUUGGUCAAAAAGUAGGUUUCAUUUGACAGAUUUCAAUGUAUAAUAUAUAUAUAUAUAUAUAUUUUUUUUUUCUGGGGUUUCGAGAGGGAAUUUGAAGUUUAAAUUCUCUGGAAAUGGCGGUUUGAUGUGAUUUUGAGGGUUUCACUGCGUUCUAGAAACAGUGAAAAGUGUAAUAUGUGCUGAUUUUGAGGGUUGAAAUCUUUUGUUGGGGAGCUCUGAGAUUGAGGUGGAUGAAUGGUGGUGAGUUUUGGGUGGUUUUGUAUGUGCUUCUGGGUUGGUGGUUGUUUAAUUUGGUAAUUUGAGGUCCAAAAAGCUCAAAAUCUAUAUUGGUAGUAGCUCUGAGAAGAAGAUGGGUUUUGAAUGAUUGUUAGGGUUUCGUUAUGUUUAUUGAACAUUUGAAUGAACUAAACCUGAAGUCUGGUGGAUGUGGAAGAUUUGGGGAACUUUGACAGAGAUUUGUGUAGAACUGAAGGGGUUUCUUUAGAUGUCAGGAGCUCCAAGAGUUAGAUCAUCAAACUUGGCUGGUUCGGAGGCCAGACCGGUCUUUGGACCUGCGGGUAACAAGGUACAGAGGUUGGGGAGUGCACGUAAACCCAUGAUGAAGACACUGAGAACUGAAGAGAAUUCGCUAGAGGAGGUUGCGGCAUUGGCAGAAGAGAGUAAUGGUCUUCCAUCAUCCACUGUUGCUUCACCAUUGAUACCUUUGUCGCAUUCAGUUAGUAUUCCGUCGGCACUUAGUAGGCAAGAGCAUUUACUGCAUUCUAAUUUAUCACUCAAUGCUUCGUGUUCGUCUGAUGCAUCUUCGGAUUCAUUUCAUAGUCGUGCAUCAACUGGUAGGAUAUAUAGGAGAAAUAGUAUGCCCAUCCAUAGGAAGCAAUUGGCCAUGAAGUCAAAAAUAAGUGUAUCUGAUGCCUUUUCAGAGGCUCUACCUGGCAGCUUACAACCGAAGAAAAGGUGUGCCUGGGUGACACCAAAUACUGACCCUCGUUAUGCUGCUUUCCACGAUGAAGAAUGGGGACUCCCUGUACAUGAUGAUAAGAAAUUGUUUGAGCUUCUCAUCUUUUCGGGGGCUUUUGCUGAACUUACAUGGCCAACGAUUCUCAACAAAAGGCACACAUUCAGAGAAGUCUUUGCAGAUUUUGAUCCUAUCUCUGUGGCAAAAUUUAGUGAGAAGAAGAUAGCAGCACCUGGAAGCACAGCAAGCUCGCUAUUAUCAGAGCUCAAAUUAUGUGCCAUUGUUGAGAAUGCACGUCAAAUAUCCAAGGUAACGUUGAAGGGUCAAAUAAUCAAGACUUAUCUGUUAAUGUUGGUACAUCUGCAUCCUCCCACAAUGUACUUCAUGGAAAUACUAUCAGUGCCAUGGAUGUUGAUGUAACUGUCAACAUACCAUUUGCAUUGGUUGAUGAGAUAGCCGAGGCUUCUCCAGCACCUGAAGAUGGCUUACAACUUGGAGAUCAAAUUGUGAAAUUCGGGAAUAUGAAUCUGGUGAUGAUUUGUUGCAAAGCUUGCUUCUGAAGCUCUGUCCAAUCAAGACCGAGAAAUACGUGUAGUGGUUUUGAGGCAAGGUGCACUUAUCAACUUAACAGUCACACCUAGAGCGUGGCAGGGCCAUGGCUUGCUGGGGUAUGUUUGUCAAUCCACUUUUGCAGUGCUCCCUUUUUUGUUUAGAUUAUCCAUUAAACCUUUUAUGCUGUCAUUUCUAGCUGCAUUUUGUGUGAAAAUAUUAGUAUUUGCUGGUU